AUGAGUGACAAAAAGAUACCCAGGCUCUCGCAGCUGGAUACUAGGAUUACUAGUGGCUCCUCGGAUGUUACACCGAACAGUAUCCAAAGUGCUUACAGCACUAGUAGCACGAAACAGUUUCCGGCUUAUAUUGCCAUCAAUGAAUAUACAAAAAGGAUGGAGGAUGAACUGGAUAUGAGACCUGGAGAUAAGAUCCAAGUGAUAACAGACGAUGAAGAGUACAAUGAUGGGUGGUAUUAUGGACGUAAUCUACGGACCAAUGAGGAAGGACUGUAUCCAGUUGUUUUCACGCAGGAGAUUAGUCUCGAGCAGAAACCCUCUAUUAUGAGAGCCAAAUCGACCAAGAGAGUGGUCAGUUCGGGCAAUGGAAGUACGUCAAACUUUUCGGCAAUGUCACAGAAUGGCUCUGCUAGCGAGCUUCCGACACCGCAGCCUCUGGAGAUUGCAGCGCCAGUGACUGUGAGCACGAAGAAGCCGAUAGAUAGGAAGAUCUCUCUCAAGACGACUAUGAGUGACAUAGAUAGGGCCUUAGAAGAGCUGAGAUCUAAUUCUGUGGAACAGUUGGAGAAUGCUAUCCAUAAUACGACGCAUGAUACGAUACACUCCACCACAAAGGGCUUGAACACUUCAGGGUCUCUUGGCAGAUUGGCAAGCUCGACGUCGGCUAAAUCUUUGUCUAGCGAAGCCCUCGCUGCAGAUUCAAGCAACGGUAUCGAUGCCAGCGAGCUUGAUCCGUCAAUGGCGGCUACCUGGACUCCUCAGCAAGUGACGGCAUAUUUCAUCAUGUCUGGUUUCGAUGUUCAGUCGUCUUCUCGCUUUCAAAAACAUAAGGUUUCAGGCGCUAUCUUAUUGCAACUUGAGUUGGCACACCUGAAAGAGCUAGAAAUCGACUCAUUUGGUACAAGAUUCGAGAUUCACAAGGAAAUCGAAGAACUUCGAAAAGCUGCAAGUGGCUCCCCUAAAGUUGCUUCCAAGACACCUGAAGACGAUGGUCAACUCAUGCCUCCUGCAUUUUUAAAUCAAGGUCCUACGUAUCGUGGCCACGUCAGAAAAGUCUCACAAUCACUGGAUGAUAUACCCAGAGACUCUGCGUCAUUAAGUGCAGGUUAUCUUGAACAACCGAAAGCCAGCAUGGGACACCUGCCAACUUCACUUGCUGAGACAAUGAGACGCCAUAAUUCGAAGUCUCGCCAGGAAGUUGAAGAUGAACGUUUAUUCGUUUCGCCCAGAAAGGCGCCCAAACCACCCUCUUAUCCUAGUCCCGUACAACCUCCUAGAUCGCCUUCGGUUGCAAAAGAUGCUGCCAUCUAUGGUCAAAGAUACUCGCCGCCAACCAUCUAUGAGAAAGUAACCUCAAAUACUUUGGAACCUCCUGACGUUUUCAAGUUUCCUUCAACUAAUAGUCCAGACCUAAAAGCUAAACCCGGUUUCUCAUUUGGAGGGAAGUCAUCCAGUACUUCAUCAACACCGACAAGAGACAGUCAGCCAAGCGGAGCAGCGGGUUCCACGCAAGGUGCUGGAAAUUAUGCUGGUAACCGUAACUCAGUCAUUUAUUCAGCUCAUAAGAAGACUAUGUCAGGAACGUCAUUCGUGGACUUAUAUAAUCGGGUUUCGAUGUUGUCGCCUACUUCUCAGAAUGCCCGUGAGCAGAGUCUGGCGCCUGCUGGCGAUGUGAACGAUGUUAGCGAUGAGUUACCCAAUGGUAGACCAUCGUCUAGUGUUUAUGCUGGUCAUUCAAGAAACACAUCUGUAGCUCGAUCGAAACAGCCGUCUCAGGAUCUGAAGAAGCACAGAAGGGCUUCUUCUUUGGUUUCCUUCUUCUCUGGAAAAAACGACGAAAGAAGUGCCUCACCCAUGCGCAACAAAUCUGGCGCCACGAAUUCGCAUGCUCAUAGUAGAAGGAACUCCUUCAUUUUGAGUCCUUUCAGGCAACCAUUUUCUGAAUCCGCGCAUGUUACGCCCUCAGGGAAGAGCUUUUCAGCUAGUAACACACCUCCUCCAGGAGUUUCCAUUUCGCCAAGUAAGACCAAGAGCGGCUCCAAAGAUGAAUCGAAACGAAGAUCAGUUAGCGCGAAGGAAUCAUCGAAGGACGCCUUUGACAAGAAGAAAAAUGCAUAUGCUGAGGAUGAUAAAAAUAAGAGGUCAGUCAGUGAUGCUGUGAAGAGUAAAGGGAUGCGUAAUAUGGCCACUCGAAAUCAAGGCAAAAAGCAAACUUCCGCUUUUAUGGAAGGAAUACGUAACAUCAGCGUAAAGGAUGCAAUGAUGGACGCAGAUUGCUCUGGGUGGAUGAGCAAGAAGGGCAGUGGGGCAAUGGGAGUUUGGAGGACGAGGUUUUUUACUCUACAUGGUACAAGAUUAUCAUACUUCGGGAGUACCACUGACACGAGAGAACGAGGUCUGAUAGACAUCACGGCACAUUGUGUCGUGCCAGCAAAAGAAGAUGACAAACUUGUUUCUCUCUAUGCGGCCAGUACAGGAAAAGGUCGCUAUUGUUUUAAACUGCUUCCACCGCAGCCCGGCUCGAAGAAAGGCUUGACUUUCACGCAACCCCGAGUUCACUACUUUGCGGUGGAUAGCAAGGAAGACAUGAGAGCUUGGAUGGCCGCCCUAAUCAAAUCAACCAUCGAUAUUGAUACCUCUGUGCCAGUAAUUAGUUCAUGCGCCACGCCUACCGUCUCGCUAAGCAAAGCACAAGAAAUGCUCACACAAGCACGCGAAGCAACACGAUUAAGAGAGCAACAAAGAUAUCUAAAUGAAGAGGACGAGGAUCAGAUGUUGUGGGAAAAACAGCAGAACCCGAAGCAACAACCUAAUGUCGCGGACGACACCUACCGCUAUUCCGAUGAAGAGGCUUUGGCGUCUGCUGUCAAUCUCUCAUCGAAUGCAAACACAACGGUUAGUUCAAAUGGUUUUGCAAGCCCGUACUUGUUAGCUUCUGGUGUUUUAUCGCCGCAUGCUACGUCUGAUGUGGGCAGGUUCCAAGAAAAGACCCCAGAGUCAAGUAAUGUCGAUGAGAUUAACUUGUCAUCUGAGACCGCCAAUAUUAUAAGUCAAAAAUUUUAG